GGAGUUUGUAGCCUACUCUCGUGGCAAACAGAGAACUUGCACUGUGGAGUUAUAAGAAGAUAUAUAUACUGGCAUCCAAUGGGAUAAUUGUGGACCUCUUGAACUAUGCUCGCAACUCUAUAUUAAUUAAUAAAAUGUUCAUAAUUAGAGCUCGCUGCGUGUUUGCGUUAAAAACCCUUGAUGUUUUCUUAAACAUAGUCUCACCGCAGCAUGAAUAAUGGCCAAACUUUCCACAAUGGAUCAAUGGAUAGCCAGUAUUACGAACAUAGGCUGCUUCGUAAUAAGAAGAUGCAGUUCUCUCACCCGCCGCGUGGUGGCGACAUCCCGCAGUAAAGGAGUUCGGCGUCAGUCCUGAGUUGUCGGGCACUCACACAUUGUUACUCGCACUACUGAAAGGACACGGACACUGCAUUUUGGGGGAACACAUCCAAGAUACCGGACGGAAUAUUUCCUCAUCGAGACUUCACCUACUUCAGCCUUUACUUUUCUCGAGGAGUGGCUUUAUAGUGUCUCUUUCCAGAGCAUCCUGUGAGAGAUGCCUCAUGACGCGCAGAGAUGCAGCGGAAUCGAUUCACUCCUUUGAACGCAAAUGACUGAAUUAAUUCAUCUGAACCUAGUUCAGAAAGGUUUCUGAGAUUCAAAUUUUGCCAUUUCGUUUUUAUUGACUAACUUUUUCUAGAUAAACCUAAAAAUAAACAAAAAAAUUAACAAAAAAUAAAAUGAAUGUCUUUUGAAUUCGUGCUGUUUAUGCUGUUACAGUUCAUAAACUUUGCUUCAUCAGACUUUGCAGCAGUUUAUUGGUGACUGACGCGUUCAGACUGAUUUAUAGACUCCUCCUUAUUAAACGCUGGUUUUGGACGCACGAGAGCAACGCGCUUAUUGCUGUCUGGAAACCGGGACUACGGCGCAACAUGUAUCCAGCGCGGCGCUGGCGAACGCGUGCUGCGGGCUCACAGACGUGUCGGAGCAUCAUGUCAAGACGCGCGUUAACUCUGAAGUGGGGCGCCGGAUGGAUUCUGAUGUUUUCAUUCAUUAAUAACACUUGGGCGCAAGAUGAUGUCCCACCUUACUUCAAGAUGGAGCCGGUGGCAACCCAGAUCCACCUGGAAGGAAACCGGGUGGUUCUCACUUGCAUGGCUGAGGGCAGCUGGCCCCUGGAGUUCAAAUGGCUUUACAAUGGGACCGAGCUGACACGUUUCUCCCUGGAGUACAGGUAUGUCAUUUCCUCACUGGAUCGCUCCCAUGCCGGCUUCUACAGAUGCAUCGUCAGGAACAGGGUGGGAGCUCUGAUGCAGAGGAGUUCGCAAGUCCAAGUCGCCUACAUGGAAGGCUUUGUGGAGGGUGAACGGUCUCAGGUGGUGUCCCAAGGGGAGGCGGCAUUGAUCUCCCCGCCACAAAUCCACAGCUUCCCUCGGCCUGGGAUCACAUGGUUUAGAGACGGACGCAAGAUCCCCCCCAGCAGCCGCAUAGCCAUUACUCUGGACAACACCCUUGUCAUCCUCUCUGCCGUAGCCCCAGAUGCAGGUCGGUACUACGCCCAGGCCGUCAACGACAAGAAUGGAGAGAAUAAGACCAGCCAGCCCGUCAUCCUGAAUGUAGAAAACAUUGGCGGCCCAGCAGACCCCAUCGCUCCAUCUAUUAUAAUCCCACCGAAGAACACCAGUGUGAUGGUGGGCACGUUUGAAGUCACUCUGGAGUGUGUGGCCAAUGCAAGGCCUCUCAUUAAGCUCAGCAUUACAUGGCGGAAAAAUGGAGUGCUGGUAAACCGAGGCCUCCGGGACUUUGGCCGCCGUCUGACCAUCAGUGGUCCGUUGGUCAGUGACAGUGGAUACUAUGAAUGUGAAGCCUCCCUCCGGAGCAGUAGCGCCCCCUCUGUCAGCGCCAGAGCAUAUCUGCACGUGCUGGAACAUCCUCAGUUCGUGAAGGAGCCCGACAGACAUAUUACUGCUGAGAUGGAGAAGGUGGUAGACAUCCCAUGCCAAGCUCGCGGUGUUCCUCAGCCAGAUAUAGUGUGGUAUAAGGAUGCUGUACCCAUAAGCCCCGUGAAGACACCUCGUUACAGAGUCCUAGUGGGCGGCAGUCUGCAGAUAAAUGGACUGCUCCCGGACGACACCGGAAUGUUCCAGUGUUUCGCUCGCAACUUAGCGGGAGAGAUCCAGACGAACACGUACCUUGCUGUCACCAGUAUCGCCCCAAACAUCACGGCCGGCCCCUCUGACAGCGCCGUGAUUGAUGGCAUGUCUAUCAUUUUACACUGUGAGACCUCAGGGGCCCCGCGGCCCGCAAUCACAUGGCAGAAAGCUGAACGGGUUCUGGCAAGCGGCUCCGUGCAGUUGCCGCGUUUCACUUUGCUGGAGUCUGGCAGUCUUCUGAUCAGCCCUUCUCACCUGUCUGACGCUGGAUCCUACACCUGCAUGGCCAGUAACUCCCGUGGGAUUGAUGAAGCCUCGGCCGAUCUGGUGGUGUGGGCUCGAACGCGAAUCACUAAUCCACCUCAGGACCAGAGUGUGAUCAAGGGCACCAAAGCAGCCAUGACCUGCGGGGUGACCCAUGACCCCAGCGUUACAGUCAGGCACAUCUGGGAAAAAGGAGGAAUGGCUAUUGACGUGAAGUCGAGUCCCCGCUUGCGUCUUGACUCCAACGGCACCCUGCACAUAUCUCAGACCUGGUCGGGGGACAUUGGGACCUACACCUGUAAGGUCACAUCUGUGGGAGGCAACGAUUCUCGCAGCGCUCACCUAAGAGUCAGGCAGUUGCCUCAUGCGCCAGAGAACCUCAUCGCCACCCUCAGCAGCUCUGAGAGAAGAACCAUCAACCUGACCUGGGCCCAGGCCUUUGAUGGGAACAGCCCGCUCAUCCGUUACAUCCUGGAGGUGUCAGAGAACAACGCACCUUGGACUGUGCUCUUGGCCAACAUCGAUCCAGAAGCCGCCAGUGUGAUCGUGGGGGGCCUCAUCCCGGCACGUUCUUAUCAGUUCCGCCUGUGUGCCGUCAACGAUGUGGGGAAGGGCCAGUUCAGCAGAGAGACGGCACGAGUACCAUUACCCGAGGAGCCCCCCAGCGCCCCUCCUCAGACAGUGAUAGCCAGUGGCCGAACCAACCAGUCCAUCAUGAUCCAAUGGCAGCCGCCCCCUGAGAGCCACCAGAACGGGCCGCUUCAAGGCUACAUCAUCAGGUACUGUCUGUCUGGAUUACCGGUGGACUGUCAGAUGAAGAACAUCACCAACCCAGACCAAACAAAUCUUCUGCUGGAGGACCUCAUCAUUUGGACCAACUACGAGAUUGAGGUUGCUGCUUAUAACGGGGCAGGCCAGGGCGUCUACAGCCCCAAAGUCACAGAAUGGACCCUACAAGGCGUGCCCACGGUCCCACCUGGGAAUGUCCAGGCGGAGGCUGUCAACUCCACCACAGUCCGUUUCACAUGGAGCGCCCCGAGUCCACAGUUCAUCAAUGGCAUCAACCAGGGAUACAAGCUGUUGGCAUGGGAACCAGGCCACGAGGAAGAUGUUACCUUGGUUACUGUGAGACCUAAUUUUCAAGACAGCGUUCAUGUAGGUUACAUUACCGGACUGAAAAAGUUCACCGAGUACUUCACCUGCGUGCUGUGCUUCACUACGCCAGGAGAUGGUCCUCGCAGCACUCCGCAGCGCAUACGCACCCACGAAGACACCCCUGGACCUGUAGGUCACCUGAGCUUCACAGAAAUCCUGGACACAUCUCUCAAAGUGAGCUGGAAGGAUCCGCCUGAGAAGAACGGCAUCCUCACAGGGUAUCGCAUUUCCUGGGAGGAAUUCAACAGGACAAACACGCGAGUCACGCAUUACCUGCCUAACAUGACACAGGAGUACCGGGUCACCGGUUUGACUGCACUCACUACCUACACCAUUCAGGUGGCCGGUAUGACCUCCAAAGGUCAAGGUCAGCUGUCAUCCUCCACCAUUUCCUCUGGUGUGCCACCAGAGAUGCCUGGACCUCCUACCAACAUCGCCAUCUCCAACAUCAGCCCUCGUUCAGUUACCCUGCAGUUCAAACCGGGCUAUGAUGGCAAAACAUCCAUCUCACGCUGGCUGGUAGAGGCUCAGAUCGGUGUUAUUGGAGAAAAUGAGGAGUGGGUCAUGGUCCAUCAGCUGGCCAAUGAGCCUGAUGCACGAUCCCUUGAGGUCCAGGGCCUGAACCCCUACACGUACUACAGGUUUCGAAUGAGGCAGGUGAAUAUAGUAGGCACAAGCCCACCCAGCCAACCAUCCAGGAAGAUCCAGACCCUGCAGGCUCCUCCUGACAUCGCCCCAGCCAACAUCACUCUCCGCACUGCCAGCGAGACCAGCCUGUGGCUCAGAUGGGUGCCGCUGCCAGAGUGGGAAUACAAUGGCAAUCCAGAGCUGGUGGGCUACAGGGUGCAGUACUCACGCCUGGGCUCAAAGGUUGGGGUCCUGUCCCACAUCAUUCCUGACAGGCAAGAAAGAGAGUUUACCAUUGAGGACCUGGAGGAGUGGACAGAAUAUGACGUCAAAGUGCAGGCGUUUAAUGGCAUCGGGCCAGGACCGUGGAGCCAGCCAGUUCACGGGAGAACCAGAGAGUCAGUCCCCUCCAGUGGCCCUGCAAAUGUUUCAGCUUUUGCUACCACCUCCAGCAGCAUCCUGGUCCGCUGGGGUGACGUGCCAGAAACUGACCGCAAUGGAUUAAUUCUGGGCUAUAAGGUGGUGUACAAGGAGAAGGAUGCAGAGUCAGCUCUGCAUUUCUGGAUGGUGGAGGGAAAUACCACUUACAGUGUCCAGCUCACUGGUCUUGGGAAGUAUGUGCUUUAUGAGAUCCAGGUUCUAGCCUUUACCCGUAUAGGAGAUGGCAUGCCGAGUUCUCCGCCCAUCUUUGAGCGCACACUUGAUGAUGUACCUGGGCCUCCGGUCGGGAUACUUUUCCCUGAAGUAAGGACUUCCUCAGUGAGACUGAUCUGGCAGCCCCCUUCCCUGCCAAAUGGCAUCAUCCUUGCCUAUCAGAUUGCUUACCGGAGAAACUCCUCCAGUAUUACUUCCGCCAUCGUCGAUGUGCUCAACCCAAGUGCGCGACAGUAUACAGCAACUGGACUGAAACCAGAGAGUGUUUAUGUGUUCCGCCUCACAGCCCAGACCCGAAAGGGCUGGGGAGAAGCAGCUGAAGCGCUGGUGGUAACUACAGAAAAGAGAGCACGCCCACAGCCCACAAGUCGUCCUGUUGUGCCUCAGGAGGAGGUCCAGGCCCGCAGUAUCCUGUUGUCAUGGGAACCAGGCAGCGACGGUCUGUCGCCCAUUCGAUACUACACCGUCCAGUACAGAGAGCUACCCGACAGCAACUGGACUGUCCACUCGGCAUCAGUCAACCAUGAGGCCACCUCUUACAUCAUAAACAGGCUCAAACCUUUCACUUCCUACCAGUUCAGAGUGAAAGCUACUAAUGAUAUUGGAGACAGCGAGUACAGCGAGGAAAGCGAGGCAAUCACCACUCUACAGGACGCUCCCGACAAAGCUCCAACAAUCCUCUCUGUGACGCCACACACCACCACAUCUGUGCUAGUCCGCUGGAAGCCACCCCCCGAGGAGGAGAUCAAUGGCAUUUUGCUUGGUUUUCGAGUACGCUACAGAGAACUGCGUUAUGACCGCCUACGCAGCUUCACAGUGCGCACAGUGAACAGCCCAUCAGCCAACUGGGCUGAGCUCACAGCCCCCUACAGUGUGAGGAACCUGACCGAAUCCUCACUUACCCAAUACGAGCUGGACAAUCUGAAUAAACACAAGCGCUACGAGAUCAGACUAAGUGUGUAUAAUGCGGUAGGGGAGGGGCCCACCAGCUCGCCACAGGAAGUGUUUGUGGGAGAGGCGGUGCCCACCGCUCCACCUCAGAAUGUCGCUAUCCAGUCUUCAACAGCGACUCAGCUUGAUGUCACAUGGGACCCUCCUCCAGUGGAGGCACAAAAUGGAGAUAUUCAAGGCUAUAAGAUUUAUUAUUGGGAGUUUCAGCUGCAGAAUGAGACCGAGCGGCUCCGCACUCUCUUCCUGCCGGAGCUGAGCGUGAAGCUGAAGAACUUGACCGGCUACACCACUUACAUGAUCAGCGUGGCUGCCUUCAACGCGGCAGGGGACGGCCCGCGCUCACUGCCCACCAGAGGGCGCACUCAGCAAGCAGCUCCAAGCGCUCCCAGUUUUAUCCACUUUAGUGAACUCACCACUACCUCGGUCAACAUGUCCUGGGGUGAGCCCAAGCAGCCGAAUGGCAUCGUGGAGGGAUACCGCGUGGUCUACGAGCCCUGCACGCCUGUGGAUGACUCCUCUCCUCACACUUCAGGUGUCAGUAAGAUUGUCACAGUGGAUGUGAAGGGCAGCGCCCCCUUGUGGAUGAAAAUCAAGGAUCUGGCAGACGGAGUGACAUACAACUUCCGCAUCCGUGCUAAAACCCUUACCUAUGGACCAGAGGUCGAGGCCAACAUCACCACUGGCCCCGGAGAAGGUGCUCCAGGGCCACCGGGUGAGCCGUUUAUCUCUCGUUAUGGCUCAGCACUCACUCUCCACUGGUCCAGCGGUGACCCCGGCCGCGCUCCCAUCACACGCUAUGUAAUAGAGGCACGACCAUCUGAUGAAGGACUGUGGGAUAUUCUAAUCAAAGACAUCCCUAAAGAGGUGACAUCGUACACUCUUAACCUGGAUACCCUCAGAGAAGGAGUCACCUAUGACUUCCGUGUCAUUGCGGUGAAUGAUUAUGGCUACGGUUCUCCGAGUGCCCCUUCUCCUUCAAUAUCAGCCCAAAAGAUCUCCCCUUUUUAUGAGGAAUGGUGGUUUCUGGUGGUUAUUGCUCUCGUGGGCCUAAUUUUCAUCCUUCUGCUCAUCUUCAUCCUCAUCAUACGAGGUCAGAGCAAAAAAUACACCAAGAAAACAGACUCAGGUGCCCACUCAAACUGCACAUCUCUGCCCCUAUCCCAUGGAGAGAUGGUACGGUUGGAUGAAGGACGCUUCCCUGCCCUGGAGCUCAACAACCGUCGACUCUCUGUCAAAAAUUCCUUCUGCCGUAAGAAUGGAAUCUACACCCGAUCUCCACCACGACCCAGUCCCGGCAGCCUGCACUACUCUGAUGAAGAUGUCAGCAUCAAGUACAAUGACUUGGUCCCAGCUGAGAGUAGCAGCCUGACCGAGAAGCCUUCAGAAGUGUCUGACUCACAGGGCAGUGACAGCGAGUACGAGUUGGAUCCAAACCGGCAGAAGACCCACUCUUUCGUCAACCACUACAUCAGUGACCCCACCUACUAUAAUUCCUGGCGCCGGCAACAGAAGGGCGUCUCUCGGCCUCCGGCGUAUGGCUACGCCCAACCCGACACGGUGGCGGAACAGGAGUCCCGCCCCCACCCGCCUCCGCUGCCACCGUUACCUCCUCUGCUACCCCACAGCAAUCCCUCCCCGCAGCCCCAGGGCCAGGGCACCUUGUUCAGGCCCAAGGGGAGCCGGACUCCCACCCCGUCACUGCUGUCCUCUGACAACCACAGCCAGCACACCCUGUACAGGCCCCCUAGCAGCCUGGGCACCUCCGCCCAGGUCCCGGCCACAGGAUUCUCCUCAUUUGUUUGAUACAAGACUCUCAUUCCAAUGACAACACACCUGGGAGGGACUCCUGCAGUAUUAUUGGUCUGUUCUGUAUUUUUUUCUCCCUUGCUGCACCUUGUCGGACAUCAAGAGCUGCUUUUGGAUUUUAUUGGCCGGGUGUGCAGGUGUUUUGUGGGUUUAUAUGUGCGUGCAAGAGCAUUGAAACACAGACAAUCAUUCUGAAGGGAAUCGGUUUGUUGAUUGUAUAUUUUAAAAUAUAUUCACUUCAUCCUUCACUAAAAAAAAAAAAGAAAUGUCCGAAAAAGAAAAAAAAAAAAAAAUAUAUAUAUAUAUAUAUAUAUAUAUAUAUAUAUAUAAAAACUGACUGCAUAUACAGUGGAUUCCAAAAUUCUGAGACCAUCUGGAGUUUUCUUUUUGUAAUUUUUUUAAGUUUCAUUUAAGUUUUAGUAUUUUGAAAUAUUUAAGGCAAAGAAAAGACAACGCUAGUAAACUCAGACUGUUGGACCCUUGUAAAUGUUUUAAAGUGAUGAGAACAAACUGCAUUUCACAAAACACAGCAGAUUUUGUGAUAUCGCUCUGAUGUCAUUGACACAGAAAUCAAUGACAAUUUUUCUGAAAGAAAAACAGUGUGAGCUUGUAGCAAUGUCAGUCUCUUGAAAAUGAAGCAAAAGAGAAAACAUUAUGCUUAGACAACAAACUUUGAGAAGGGAAAAGUGAGGAAUUUCUGUAUGAUUCAUAUGGUACAAUUUUUAUUUAUUUAUUUUUUGCUCUUACUUCCAACCAAGGAGAUGUUGUAAAGGAAGAGGCGCUACCAUCGUAUCAUGAUUUUCAUCCAAUUGUGAUACAUUUUGGAUGGAAAUGUGGUUCAUUAGAUUAAUAAUUCACUUUAUUCUGCAUUAUUUAUUGUUAGUAUUGUAAGUUUUUGUAUAGUUUGUUGAGGAUCACAUCCAUAAUUUGGCACUACCCCAUCUAACAGGGAACUUUCCCAGAACUUUGUCUAAUGUUCUGGCAAGGUUUUCUCAAAGUUAUGAAAAAAACUUUCUUCCAGUAACAUUAGUGGAAUGUUUGUUUAAAGUUAUCUGGUCUUUAAUAAUGUUCUCAAAACAUUAGCAUGAAAACAUUAUUUAUACAUCAUUCAUGGAAUGUUCCCGACGGUUUAGUCGGAUGUUGGUCUAACAUUUUUUAAAUGUUACUACUUGUUUCAGAAUAUUCAGCGAACAUUCAAAAGUAACGUUUCCAUAAUGUUUCAAAAUUAUAACAUGGAAUGUUUCCUUAACAUUCGCAUAAUCAAGAAAAAACUUUUUUAAAACGUUUAAAAAACAUUCCGAAGUAGCAUUUUUUUAACUUAAUGUGAACAUUAACAAUUUUGAGAAUAUUUUUUUAUUCAAGCCCAUGGUUGAAUAAGGAAGGGUCACUUUAUGACACCAUAUUUGGAUAUAAUCAAAUAAUGCAAAAUAUAUUAAUGUAUUAAUCAUGCAUUUGCAUUACACAAAUUAUAACAACUGUGAAUUUGUCAGCCUUUGUGGGAGUUUUUUUUCUUCUGCUUCUUAGGUGCCGUUUAAACGACAUUGUUUUCAACUAAAAAUGGAAAAAAAGUUUUUAUUUUUUUUAUUUUGACAUGACAACAGUGUUUUGGGGGCCUGAAAACACAAACUUGAAAAGGGGUUUAAAGUAAAAUUUUUUGAAAACGAUACCAUUAUUGAGUCCAUGCAAACUACAAAAUUGCAAAUUCCGUCAAACGCAUGCGUAUUACGUGUUCAAUCUAUAGAUGCGUAGAGUUUCUUUACAAAGUGACAUCGCCAUCUACUGGCCUGGCAUGAAUAACGCAGCAUUUUUAGUCAGUUUCGCUGAUUCGUGUGAAUGGGGAUCAUUUUGACAAUGCUGUCAUCUGUAUGCGAAAAAUGCAAAAGAAAAAAACAUUCAGUUUCUAGUACAUCGUUGUCGUGUAAAAAUACCCUUUAGACCAACUGAACUUUAACACUAAGGAGCAGAAACUAAAUUUUAUAAUUAAAUAAUAUUUCUAAAGGAUUCGAUACAAGACCAGUUGCGUUUAUGUUAGCAAAGAAUGCCACACCUAUAAUGAGGGUAUAAUAAUGUUUUUGGAAAAAGAAAAGAAAAUAAUCUUAACAUUAAUACUCAUGCGGUCAAGAGCGACCGCUCGAAAUGUCUGUGCACAUGCAAAUCCGUAUGCGGCAGUGUAAAGAUACCACGUGGAUCAACAUCUUCCAUAGGUGGUGCACAUUAAACACUCAUCAUUAGCAAAUGAGCUUCAUGGACUGACGUCACACUGUGUCAGUUGAGUCACAAACGUCAUCGAGUCAGUCUCACGUUCGGGGUCUGUUGCUCAGAGGCUGUCUGCUCUUUCAAAUGACAUUGUAUGUAUUUCUCUGAAUAUAUUGUAGAAUGUGUUUUUACGGUUCACGGUUUGACAUAGUGUACACAUACAGUAUGCUUACGUGUAUGUCAGCUGAUAUGCUUUAUUUAUAAUCGAUUGGUUUUAUACUCUAACUUAAGAACAACAGCAGUCUUAUGUGGAAACUAUUUUAAAGGACUUGAAAAUUACGACGAUCAUGAUUCACAUUAUCUCCUGUCUUGUUCUCUGUGAGGUGACUAUCACUGUACAAAACUUGAUGAAUUAUAUUGGACCAAGGCAUGGUUCAUAUCUAAAAUAAAUUGCUCUAUUUUUCA